AUGGACUUGUCAGACGCCUUUGUCGUCUUGCACUAUCCUUUUGUCCUUCCCUUAGCUGUCCUGUUGCCUGCAAUAAUUUACUGCCUGGGCUUGACCAAGAGACAGGACUUUUCUGCAUCUUCUAGGAAUGCCCAAGUCGCCCAGUCCAAGGAUGCGAGGAUAUCAGAGUCUGCCGUCCGGGAUCCCAAACCGACACAAUGGUACCGAAACAUGUUUUUCAAGCUUCAGCAUCUUGAAGACCACCCUGAAAUCCUCGGGCCGGCGCGGGAUGAGCUCUUGGCCAUGUUCUCGCAGGGCCUUGCGCUCGCCCUGAAGAAGCCACAAAACAAUAUCCUCCGCAUCGAACAGUACAAUGUCGAAAGCGUCUGGAGCUUCCUCGAGGACGAGCGUAUACGCAUUCUCGCUGAGUGGGCUAGUUAUCUGGAGCGACGAAGGCAGGGAUGCGGUCCAGAGCUUUUCGGGACAGCCGAGGCCGCCAAAGCAUGGCUGGUCCAGCAAGCGCCCGUCAAGUUUGUUGACGGUGCAUGGCUUGGUCAUAUACACAAGAUCACGACUCCCUUUGCUCUUCGUGGCGUCACCAAAGAUGUCUGGCAGGUCCUGUCGGAAGAGCUCGGUGACGGCGACCUGUCCAAGCACCACGUACAUCUGUACCGCAAACUUUUGGAGGAUGUUGGAUGUCCUCUGCCGGAGGGCCACAGCGCCGACUUUAUCAAUUUCUGCGACUGGGAUGUCAUGGGCAAUGACGGCGCCUGGGAGGCUGCAGUGGCCCAGCUUCUCAUCUCGCUGUUCCCCAACGAGUUCCUCCCCGAGAUUCUUGGGUACAACAUGCACUUUGAGAUGGUCACGCUCAACACUAUGCAAGCCGCUCACGAGCUCAAGGACCUCGGCAUCGACCCUUACUACUUCCUCAUCCAUAUUGCCAUAGACAAUGCUGAUUCCGGACACACGGCCAUGGCCACGCACGCUGUUACACGGUACCUGGACAUGGUUCGCGCGACCGAGGGCGAGACGGCCUCGGAGCAGGCAUGGAAGCGUGUUCAGGUCGGAUUCAUUUUGUCUCAGACACAGGGAGAUCAUUCUUGUAAACGCGAAAGCGCCGCUGCUUCUACGAUGACGAUGGCGGGAUCGGGACUUGCAAGGCCCAACAUUCCCAACGUGCUGCUUGACCCUCUAAGCACUCAGGUAAUUGACAUCUUUAGAGCCAAGGCAUUGGUAUCGCAGCAGUUCCACUGUCAAAGCAGAGUUCGCAUCGGGACACAUACUCUCUCCGAGUGGUUGGACCCGAACAAGUGGAAACAUUCGAAUCCCCAAUACCAACUGGAACUCCUGAAUGCCCUCAGCCGAGCCAGGCCGUGGAUUAUUCCCGGAGCAAGCAGCAAGAGUCUAUUGAUACGGGAGCUCUCGUGGGGAGGGCGCAUGUUUGGUGCGUUCACCCACAACGAGGUGGCUGCUCUUUGUUCCUGGAUCGACGCCCUGGGCCCGGAAAACACAGCUUCGCCAUAUUGGAGAUUCACCCACAGAAAACCGCUGGCCUCAAAAGACGCCGUAGCAGAGCUCCAAGACCCGGUUUGCCAUCAUCCGUUUGUGUUUCCCGCCAGCAGCCACGCGGCGGCCACGACAGACACGGCAUCUCAAGAGGUUGACUCUGACGGCGAGCCCUGGAAAACCCAGCAGCCUUUGAACUCGCCCUCGAUAGACCGACUACCAGACAUCAUGGCCCUUUGGUUCGCGCACAUUAGCCUGUUGGAAAACACCAUCAACGUGCCGUCCCGGACCGCAUGCCAGCUCCACGCUAGUAUCCUGCGCCUCCUCCGAGCGCAGGCCGGCUUCGAGGCGGAAACCGACGUCGUCGCCGGCAUGGACGAGUUAAAUCGGCACUCGCACACCAGCCUGAUAGACGUCGGGCUAGAGUUGGCCCGGCAGGUCGGCCAGUCCACCCAUGCCACACCGGCAUCCUUACAAGACGUCUUUGUCCUGGCAGCUAGCAAGGGUCAGGGCGAGGAGAGCGCCAGAUUGGCAAACGACGUGCUGCGGUGGAGUGUGCGGCCCGUUGCGAAUCUCGGCCUGCUGCUGGGCCUGGCCCUGGCCUUUCUCGAGUUCAAGAAGGCCAUUGGGAGAGCGCCCGGGCUGCUGGGCCGGGAGAGUCGUCUUGCGCUCGAGGCCAUUGUGGCAAGGGAGAAGACGAGUCUAGACGAGUGUGCGCGGGAGCUGCGAAACACGGAUGUGGAACAGUACAAACACCUAGAGAGGGGAUUCCGGCUUGGUAUGCGUUCUUUACAGAAGUGCUUGUGA